GAUGGCUGAUCGCCUGGUUCGGGAAAGAGUGCGAUGCGGCGAGAGCAAGGGCGGGUUCGAAGGGGGUCACCCAAAUGUACCACUCAGACGAGCCGAUACAACCAGGAGUACGACCCUGGGACGGUGCAAAUACGAUGCGUACCUGCAGCACCUAACAUAGUGGUCAAUGGCAGAGGGGACCCAUGCAUGCUCUGAGGAGAGUCUGGUUAGGGUUCUGAGCGUGACUUUCACCCCUUCCUUUCCUUCCAGUCGGGUACGCCGCAGGUACCCUGGGUGUAAUCUGCGGGUCCGGCUUCUUGGGUUCCUCUUGCUCUCCAUUGUCGUGGCCCCCAGGCAACCUCCAUGGAAGGCCCCCCGAGCCCCCGGGCGCCUCCCUACCCGCAGGAACUGGAACUGUGAGGCGGGUUCCUGCCCGCUGCAGAGCGGAAAAUGAAUAUCUUUCGCUGGGUGUCUCGCCUUCCUCAUUAGUGCUCCCUCUUCCCCUCCUUCCCCGUAGUCCAUCUCCCUCGUCACUCCCUUUUCCCGUCCUCAUUCCAUCCAUAUCUGUGGUGGUCUGAACCUGCGGCGACUCGUUCGACACUUCACUCACUACCACCACUCGCUUUCUGUACCACAGUCACUCAUUCAUCAACAUCUCCAUCUUCGGCAUCUCUCCAGGGUCCAUCCGUAUCUCGACAAAAGACAAACAAUCUCGAUAACCGACUGCGAUAUCUGGUGGAUCGAUCUUUGUCAAGACGCAGCUUUACAUCCCAUAUCGAUAAAUCCGACAAGCGAAUACGGUUUUUGGCAACACAACCUUGGUGCGACCAUUGUUUGGACGAUUGUUAUUCGAGCAUUUAUUCUGCAUCCUCGCCGUUGUCGAAAAAGUCUUUCCCCAAAGACAUCUUGCAAGAGCCACACACGCCGGACAGCUGGAUAACACCUGUUGUCCUUGGAUAUUGAUUCCCAUCACUCUUUGAAAUCUCAAAAUGAAGGUUUCUGUAGCCAUCCUCGCCGCUGCAGGCGGUGCGGAUGCCUUCUGGCGCAUGGAGUGCCGCGGCAGACUGGGUGUCGCUCGCCUCGACCCUCUGGUUAACUACGGUGAACCCGGAUCCCAUGCCCACUCGAUUCACGGUUCUUCUGGCUUCAGCGACAAGUCUUCCUACGAUGACCUUCUCAAGGGUGAUUGCACUUCUUGCGCUGUCACCCAAGAUAUGUCUGCGUACUGGACUCCUUCUCUCUACUUCCAGCAUGCCGACGGCUCCUUUGAGCUCGUCCCGCAAGUUGGUGGUAUGCUGUCCUACUACUUCCUUUAUACGGAUGCUGCCAACCCCGACAGCGGCAUCAAGGCGUUCCCUCCCGGAUUCCGCAUGAUUGCCGGAGACACUAACCGCCGUAACUAUACGAUUUCUGGUACCAGCGUCAAGGAUGCCGACCCCCAGAAGUCCGAAUGGGCCAGCCUUGGACAGACUUCGCAGCUCGAUCUGGCUCAGCGUGCCACCGGUUUCAACUGCCUCAACUACGGCAAGCAACCUGAGGGCACCUUGUACCGUCACUACAUGCCCGACAAGGACUACCUCGAUGCCAACUGCGCCGACGGCAUUCGCGCCGAAAUCAUGUUCCCUUCGUGCUGGAACGGCAAGGAUCUCGAUUCUGAUAACCACAGGGACCACCUGGCCUACCCCGAUCUUGUUAUGAACGGCAACUGCCCCAAGGGCUUCGAGACCAAGGUCCCUAGUCUCAUGUACGAGACCAUCUGGGCUACCCAAAACUUCAUUGGACAACCUGGCCAGUUCGUCUUUGCCAACGGUGAUGUUCAGGGCUUCGGUUACCAUGCCGACUUCAUGAACGGCUGGGACGAGGACUUCCUCCAGCAAGCCGUUAACACCUGCACCAACCUCAGCGGCAGGAUCCAGGACUGCCCCAUCUUCAACAUCCAGAGCGAGGCUGAGCAGAACCAGUGCACCUUUGACAAGAACCCCGAGGUCUCCCAGAUGCUCAAGAGCUCUCUCAACGAGAAGACUACCGGAGUGAUCGGCGACUCCCUUCCCGGCGGUGUCAAGAUUGCUUACGGACCUGAGCCCGCCGAUGCCGCCAAUGCUGGAUCGCACACCACCACUGUCGAAGUCCCAACUGCUACUUACUCCCAGGGUGCCACUGUCACCGACGGAAACUACAUGCCCGGUGGUGUCUUCAAGGCUGCUAAGUUCGGCGUUCCCGCUGCCGAAAGCGCCGUCAACUCCAUCAGCACUACCACCGAAGCUUUGCCCACUAUUACUGAGGCGCCUACCGUCGCCGCGGAGGACGAUGGUUUCACCGCCAUCAGGACCGAGUACAUUACCAAGGGCAAUGUUGUCAGCAUGGUAAUCGUCAAGGAGGCUCUCGAGUACGUGACCGUCACGACCACUACUGUUACGGCUGUCCAGACCGUUCAGGCCCGCCAGUACUCUCACCUGCACCGCCACAAGGUCCGCGCUGCGAACAACCGGGCCUAAGUCAUAUGCUACAUGACUGCUUCCGGUAUCUGAAUUUCACUUCUACAGGCUUUGUCCCCUGCUGGGGACAUUAGCUUCUGGCCACAACAGUGAAGAGGGAUCUUUAUGGCCAUUUGUUCUUGUUUAUGCUUUGUUAUAUCCCUAAUGGAAUCUUGUUUCGUGGAUUGGACUUUGCAUUUCAAAAGGUCAUUAUCCGAUUUAUGCGGGCGAGGAGGAGGCGGUAUGAGAAGGCCAGUGAAUUUUAAAGAGAUACUCAGAAGGUAGAAUGAAAGUUGAUAUUGCAAAGACAUUUCCCUGUGCUUUGGCAUCUUUGUUGUUGUGGUGAAGGAUAGGUGUUGAGUACCUCCUUGUCAUCACGUAUAUGGUUUUUGAUUUCUCCAUCUGCAUGGGCGGGCGUUCUACGGUGAUACAUCUCGCUAUAUACCUCUUCAUAGGGCUAGGUGGAUAGGCCGGUUUCUCUCCUGAGCGAACAAUAGGAAAACACCAUUGGGAAACAAGCCAAAUGGUCAACCAUAGAAUGUAAACCGCUUGAUCGUCACUGUUUAUGUUCUGCUUUUUGCGAUGGUAAU